GCAGACAUCAUCAAGAAACUCGGAGAACUCAAAGGCCUUAUAGACGAGGAUAAUACUAUCACUGAUGAUCAAAGAGCAAAAAAUCUCAAGAUCGUUGUCACUUUGUUAACAGAUGUUAGAACCAAAAUCACCGCCGCCACUACUAGUCCAGACAAUCUCCUUCAAAUGUUGAAGAAAACCAUUGUUUUGAUCAAAUCUCCCAGCCGUGCUACUAUCAGUAAAAGCUUUGAAACCAUCUAUCACAACUACAGGAAGGUAUCCAGUGCAGAGCGAGUUCGCCAAGCAAAGUUGAAAGAAGAACAAGACAAGAAGAAGAGAAUGGAAGCCACUGCUGCUACAGCUGCGACACAGGCGUUGAACGAUGGUCCCGUGAAUCCCUAUCUUCAUGUCGACAAUAGCCAGUUCACGCGAGGACCUGGAUUCGAUAUGACCAACUUUCGUCGUGUCGAUGGGCACAACCUUUCCGGAAUGCGCUACCCUGUUGACGUCAAUGGGCCCAAAUACCUUCAUCUCUUGAGACCUCCCAAAAAAGCCCACCGCGUCCGUAACGAAGUACCUGCCAAUGUCUCCGGACUUGAAAUGUAUAUAUCUCGCCUCGAGUGCCUAGCUGGACCCUCACUCUCAGCGUCGCCUAUUCGACUCCUCAGCCAUCGUCUGUGGAAGUCCGGGAGAUCAACUAGCGACCGAUUAUUCGACAGGGAGGCUGGCGACACCACUGACCAAGCAUCUGAGACAAUUGAUGACGGCAAGGGAAAGGGAAAGGAAAAGUCUCACAAACGCAGCGACAGUACUUUCGCCUUUGGGCAUCACCGUCCGACUCCUAGAAUGAAUUAUAAUAACUCUCAGUCGAGCUUGAGAACCAUAAAUGCCUCUAACAUUGCCCCUGGCAACUGA